CACGUUACACAUCUCUCUCUCUCUCUCUCUCUCAAAUUUGCGUCCUCUGUUUUUCUCUGUAAAAGAAAGUGUUGUUUCAAUUAUCGAAUUCCCUCUCUCUCUUUCUCUCUCUCUCUCUCUCUAAGAUCAUACUAUCAUAUAUGCUCUGAUAUAUAUAUAUAUAUAUAUGCACGACACAUAUUUGUUCUAACGCAUCUUUGUUCUUCGUCUGCCGUCGACUCGAAGAUCUUGGGCUCUCUCUUUGAUUGUGAUUUUAAUCGGACUCUCUUAAGUCUCGACAAAGCAUGAUUUCUUGAAGAUUAAAAGUUAAUUGCAAAGAUGAAGAGGUCUAGAGAUGAUGCGUACAUGAGUUCUCAACUCAAACGGCCCAUCGUCUCCUCUCGCGCCGAACCCUCUGGGCAACCUCAGAUAAUGGCUGGAGCAAGCACACAGAAACUAACAACAAACGAUGCACUGGCAUAUCUCAAGGCGGUUAAGGACAUAUUUCAAGACGAUAGGGAGAAAUACGAUGAGUUCCUUGAAGUUAUGAAAGAUUUCAAGGCUCAAAGAACCGACACGACUGGUGUCAUACAAAGAGUGAAGGAAUUAUUUAAAGGGUAUCGGGACCUAAUUUUGGGUUUCAAUACCUUUUUGCCUAAGGGUUAUGAGAUCACCCUUCCGCCUGAGACUGAACCAGCUCCUGUUAAGAAGCCUGUCGAAUUUGAAGAAGCUAUCAAUUUUGUCAAUAAAAUUAAGACAAGGUUUCAAGAUGAUGAUAUUGUGUAUAAAUCUUUUCUUGACAUUUUGAAUAUGUAUCGAAAGGAAAACAAAUCCAUUACUGAGGUCUACCAGGAGGUUGCUACUCUUUUCCGAGAGCACCAUGACCUGCUUGUGGAGUUCACACAUUUUCUACCUGAUGCUGCAGCAGCAGCCUCUCUUGCCUUUGCUCCAUCUGGUAGGAAUUCUAUCUUCCGCCAUGAUGAUAGGGGCUUGCCUUUGUCCGCAACAAGGCUUAUGCAUGUUGAAAAGAAGCGUAUCGUUUCACAUGCGGACUGUAAUCUCAGUGUUGACCGGCCAGAUCUAGACCAUGAUAAAGCAUUUCUGAGAGCUGGCAAAGAGCAGCAGAGACGUGGUGAAAAAGAGAAGGAGAAAAGGGAAGACAGAGACCGAAGAGAACGGGAGCAGGAUGAUAGAGACUUUGAGCAUGAUGGUAUGCAGCAUUUCCCACAUAAACGGAAAUCUGCUCAUAGGAUUGAAGAUUCUGUUGCUGAUCAAUUACGCCAGGGUGGGAAAGGGGAAGAAAACUUUGGGAUGCACCCUGGUUCAUCCUCUUAUGAUGACAAAUCUGCCUUGAAAAGUAUAUACAGCCAAGAGUUUUCCUUUUGCGAAAAAGUGAAGGAGAGAUCUGAUGUUUACAAUGACUUUUUAAAGUGCCUUGAUCUCUACAGCAGAGAAAUCAUUUCACGAUCAGACUUGCAAAAUCUGGUCAGUGGCUUACUUGGGAGAUAUCCAGACCUAAUGGAGGGGUUCAACGAAUUUUUUGCUCGAUGUGAAAAGAUUGAUGAUUUUCUUGCUGUUGCUGGUGUUAUGAGUAAAAGAUCCUUGGGGAAUGGAGGAAAUUUACCCAGGCCACUAAAGAUAGGGGACAGGGAUAGAGAUCGGGAUGAUAAAGCUAAAGAUAGAGAUUGUGAAAACAGAGAAAGGGAUCGACCCGACAGAGGUGUAUCCUUUGGUAGUAAAGAUGUAGCAGGCCACAAGAUGUCUCUCUUUUCAAGCAAGGACAAAUAUAUGGCAAAACCUAUUCAAGAACUUGACCUCUCUAACUGUGAGCAAUGCACUCCCAGCUAUCGACUUCUGCCCAAGAAUUAUCCCAUACCUUCAGCUAGUCAGAGAACAGAUGUUGGCGCUGAAGUAUUGAAUGAUCAUUGGGUGUCUGUCACUUCUGGAAGUGAGGAUUAUUCUUUCAAACACAUGCGCAAAAACCAGUAUGAAGAAAGCUUGUUUCGAUGUGAAGAUGACAGGUUUGAAUUGGACAUGUUGUUGGAGUCUGUUAAUGCGACAACUAAGCGUGUAGAAGAAUUAUUAGACAGGAUAAAUGAUAAUACAAUCAAAGCAGACAGUUCAAUUCGUAUUGAGGACCAUUUUACAGCUCUGAAUCUGAGGUGCAUCGAACGUUUAUAUGGUGACCAUGGCCUUGAUGUGAUGGAUCUACUGAGGAAGAAUGCACCUCUUGCGCUGCCAGUCAUAUUAACUCGCUUGAAGCAGAAACAAGAGGAGUGGGCUAGGUGUCGUGCUGAUUUUAAUAAAGUUUGGGCUGAAAUCUAUGCUAAGAACUAUCACAAAUCACUUGAUCAUCGUAGCUUUUACUUCAAGCAGCAGGACACAAAGAGCUUGAGCUCAAAAGCCUUAUUGACUGAGAUUAAAGAAAUCAGUGAAAAGAAGCACAAGGAUGAUGAUAUGCUUCUUGCUUUUGCUGCUGGAAAUAGAAGAACUAUCAUUCCACAUAUGCAAUUUGAAUAUCCUGAUUCGGACAUCCAUGAAGACUUGUACCAGCUAGUCAAAUAUACCUGUGGUGAAGUUUGUACGACUGAACAGUUGGAUAAAGUUGUGAAGAUUUGGAAAACCUUCUUGGAACCGAUGCUCGGGGUUCCUUCUCGGCCUCAAGGGGCAGCAGAGGACAUGGAAGAUGUUGUAAAGGAUAAGAAUCAUAUUUCACAAAGUGGUGCUGUAAAUGUUGGAGACAGUAAUGGCAGUCCAAUUGGUGGUACAACUAUCAUUACUACCAAAAAAUCAAAUCCAUCCAGAAAUGGAGAUGAAAGUACUCCGCCCGAACAAUCAAGUUCCUGCCGAGUUUGGUUGAUAAAUGGUGAAAAUGGGGUUAAAGAAGAUAGUCCUCAUGAUGUUAAUCAUACUGCAUGUAAAAGUGAUACCUUACAUAACACCAGUCAACUUGGAAGCGUUCAGAGUAAUACUAUUUUGGCUAAUGAAACAUCUGGGCUCAGCAGACAAGGUACUUCAAAUGAGCAGUUAGCUAAUUCAAAUACAUCACUGGUUGCAGGAGCAAACAGGGAAAUUCCAUCAGGCCUUUGUGCUAUUCCUACCGGACGUGGCAAUGCUGCUGUUGAGGGUGGGCUUGAAAUGAGGCCUAGGGAUGAAAUUUUACCUUCAUCAGAGGGUGGUGAUUGUCCAAAACGAGUUUCAUCUUUAAAUGGGGCAAUUACAGAAGGCAACAAAGUUCACCGGUAUCACGAAGAAUUUGUUGGGCACUCCAAAGUUGAAAGAGAGGAGGGCGAAUUAUCUCCAAAUGGAGAUUUUGAGGAGGAUAAUUUUGCAGCUUAUGGAAAUGGUGAUAUGGAGGCUGCACCUAAAUCGAAGGAUAGUGCUGCAAACAGGCAAUAUCAAAAUCAAAUCAAACAUGGAGAAGAAGAAAUAUGUUGUGGAGAGACAGGAGGAGAAAAUGAUGUCGAUGCUGAUGAUGAAGGUGAGGGAAGCGCUCAGAGGUCAUCGGAGGACAGUGAAAACGCUUUUGAAAAUGGUGAUGUAUCAGCAAGUGAGUCUGCUGAUGGCGAAGAUUGCUCCCGGGAGGAGCAUGAAGAAGAUGGAGAUCAUGAUGAGAAUGAUAAUAAGGCUGAAAGUGAAGGUGAGGCUGAAGGGACGGCCGAUGCUCAUGAUGUUGAAGGAGAGGGAACAUUGUUGCCACUCUCUGAGUGUUUUCUACAAACAGUGAAGCCUCUUACGAAGCACGUUCCUCUGGCAUUACAUGGAAAGAAGGAUUCUCGUGUCUUUUAUGGAAAUGAUUCUUUCUAUGUGCUGUUUAGGCUUCAUCAAACACUGUAUGAGAGAAUACAAUCGGCGAAGAUUAAUUCAUCAUCUGCUGAAAAGAAGUGGAGAGGUUCAAAUGAUACAAGUCCAACCGAUCUGUAUGCGAGAUUCAUGAGUGCGCUUUACAAUUUACUUGAUGGUUCCUUUGAUAACACAAAAUUUGAGGAUGAUUGCCGAGCUAUUAUUGGAACACAGUCAUACCUUCUCUUCACGUUAGACAAGUUGAUAUAUAAACUUGUCAAACAGCUUCAAAUGAUAACAAGUGAUGAGAUGGACAACAAACUUCUCCAACUAUAUGCAUAUGAAAAAUCAAGAAAACCUGGAAGAUUUGUUGAUAUAGUUUAUCAUGAUAAUGCCCGUGUUCUUCUUCAUGAUGAGAACAUAUAUCGGAUUGAAUGUUCAUCCGCACCAACUCGUUUGUCCAUACGGUUUAUGGACUAUGGCCAUGAUAAGCCCGAAGUCACUGCUGUUUCCAUGGACCCUAAUUUCGCAGCUUAUCUUCAUAAUGACUUCUUGUCACUUGUUCCUGACAAAAGGAAGAAGUCUGGGAUUUUCUUGAGAAGAAAUAAAUGCAAAAAUGAAUUUGGAGAUGAAUUUUCUGCUACAAGUCAAGCCAUGGAGGGACUCCAAAUUGUGAAUGGUCUCGAGUGCAAGAUAGUUUGCAAUUCAUCCAAGGUCUCUUACGUUUUGGACACGGAGGAUUUCUUGUACCGGGCAAAAAGAAAAAGGAGAACUUUGCAUAACAGGACUUCAUGCCAUGACCAAGCAAAGUUUUCAAACGGUCGUCUAACCAGAGUCGAACGGUUCCGCAGAUUGCUUUUUGGUUCAUAGUGUACGGUUUUCUACAACAGCGCAAAAGUGGAUACAUAGCCAAUCAGAUGAUUUUUCAAAUGGAAAGCUUCCAGAAGUGGAAGAGAGAGAUUGGCUUUGCAGGAAGAACUAUGUGGUGACGUAGUCAUAGGUUUCAUGGCAUUUUGAAUCCCCAAUUCUGUAAAUAGAGAGGUAAUGUGCAAUGUGAAAUGAAAAAAUCUGUUCUUUUUAUUCAUUGACCCCUCCUUUCUUUCUUUUUUUCUUUUUUUUUCGUUUCCUUUCUAUUCCAUGUAGCACUUUCGUUUUGACUUUGAGUUGGCUGCAAUGCAGCUUGAUUAGUACUAGUGUAAGAAGAAUAUUCUCCAAUUUAAAUGACAGUUUUGAUAUUUUUUGAUA